AUGAGAAUUGACGUUUCCGAAGAAGUCUUCUUCCACCUUGGGGGGCUGGCACACUGCCUUCAUGCUCCAUCACGAAUCAGUAGCACCUGCAAGGAAACUAAUGAAAAGCGAUUCAAGGAUGCCUACUUUGCAACGGCAAAAUCAGUCCAUGACAUCUUCUUGGGCAUUCAACAUCCUGAUCUUGGCCGCAAAAGGAUAAAGAACCCAAAGCCUACGCAUCUCCUGUUGGCUUUGCGGUUCUUGAAGCAGUAUCCUACAAAAGAAACCCUGGCUGGGUUUGGAGGGGUGACAGAGAAGACUGCAUUGCUUCGUUGUUGGAAGUAUGUUGAAGCCAUUCAAGCUCUCAAAGAACAAAAGAUUGUAUGGCUAUUUGGUGACACUGAGAAAUAUCAAGAAGUGUGUGUAGCUUCUGUUGAUGGGGUUCAUUUUUGCAUUUGGGAACCAAGGAAAUUCCCUUCUGCAAAAUGGUAUUCUCCUAAGUACAAGAAGGCAGGUCUUGCUUACGAAAUUGGAGUUGCAGUUCACCACAACAAAAUUGUGUGGGUGAAUGGACCAUUUCCAGCAGGCGAAAAUGACAAAAAGAUUUUUGAUAAGCCUGACGGUCUAAGAUCAAAACUAAAGGAUGGACAACAAUGUGUUGCAGACCAAGGAUAUAGGGGCAAUCUUGAUAAAGUUGUGAUUUGCAACUCCCGUCAUGAUUCACAGACUAAAGACGUGAUGGAAAGAGCCAAAGCAAGACAAGAAUCAGUCAACAGUAGAUUGAAAAACUUCCGGGUGCUCAGAAUGCCCUUCCGCACUGUUGGGGCACAGCGUCUCCGCAAACACAAGACCGUUUUGGAGGCAUGCCUUGUAAUCAUUCAGUUCGAAUUGGACAAUGAAAGCCGCCUAAUGAAAGUUUAG